CUUUCUAACUUGUUAUAUGGCUGCUGAACUUGCAACCUCUACCCCCUAAAUGCUGGGAUUAUACAUGUGUGGCAUGGCAGCUAGCAUCUGUCACUUUCUGCUGAUUUAUCACACUGAAUCAGGAUUCCUGACCACCUCCUUCCUAAUCUGCAAUCUCCUGGUCUCUUUCCUGUCUGCCUUACCAUAGGACACCUAGCUCAUUUAGUCAGUCUCCUUGGCUGCUCUGGUUCCAGGAAGGAAUUCCAGGGCCACAUGGUAACCUGACCUCAUACUGGGAGCUCUAAAUCAGAACCCAAACAUUCCAUGAGAGGCAGAGUGUCUCACUGCUCCAGUCGCUGGGCUGUUAGAUAAGUAUUUCUUUCUCAUGUAUGAAAAAGAACUGAUAAUUUUAGAAUAAUGAACAAGGUUCAGAGUUCUUCUAUGUUUUUAUUUUGGUGUUUAUUGGAAUGCCUACUUCAUGUCUCCUUGCCUUAUGCAGAUGAGCUUUAUCCUUUUGGGAAAACAGCAGGCUCACCAGGGAGUAUACAGUUACAAACACCAAAAGCACCUGUGGAAAAACCUGGAGGCCUCAGUUCAAUAGCUCGAGAAAACAUAACCCUAACACCUACAAGUAAAUCAACUCUGAAGUCCUUAGAAUCUCAGACAAGUAAAGGAACAUCACAGAAUAGUGAUACACCCGAGCCGACUGAGAUCUCUCAUGAGUUCAUGGCACGUUCUGCAGUCCCCAGGUCCAACUCUUGGAAUGCAGUAAUAAUUCCACGUAGACCUGGUCUUGUUCAUGUAAUUUCAGUUUCAAGUAUAGCCUUUGCUGUUGCCAUGAUAUGUGGACUUAUGAUCUCCUAUAUGAUACAUCGGCUGGUAAAAGCUGAGGAAAAACAGCAGCUUGCAGCAUUGUAUGAAAAUGUCGAGAUUCCACUUUUAGAUGAAAAGGAGGUCUCUGAAGGUGAUGACCAGGCUGAGUCUGCUGAACCACAUCCAGAGAAUGAGGAACUGGGGAAGUUCAUCGGUUCAGUUAUUAGAACAAAAAGAAGGGAACACAUUUUGAAGAAGAAAAUGAAGGAAGAGCAAAAUCUACUGACAGAAAAUACAUCAGAGAGUUCAAAUAACGCGGACAAAGUGGAGAGUCAUGACAACAUGGAGAAAGAUCAACAAGAGGAGAAUGUAUGAAAACAGAAGAAAGGUGUAGCAUGUGCUAGACAAUGUGGAGACCAGACUGCAUGGAUAACAGAUGACUAAGAACAUGAACAGGACUUAACUUCAGAGAACCUUGUUUCUUAGCCCUGAUAGUCCAUGAAUAAUUAUAACUUAAGUAGAAUAUAGAAAACAACCCAAGUUCAUUAAUGAUGCAGACAAAUUGUCAAGGAUUUUCUUCUUUGGCUUCAGACCAGA